GGAUACAGACCCAGAGUUCUUGGAGUACGAACUCAACUCCCGUUUUGACGGCAAGAAAAUGCCGAGACCGAGCACCAAACUGGCGAAGAAGUACACGGACUCUGAGCGGAAGAAGGAAGAGUCUGCGCGGGUGAAACGCGAGGUUCUCACGGCAGCGGACAAGUUCCUCACGGCGCUGAGGGAGAGCAACCUGGACAAGAACGACACCAUCGACAAGAAGGAGCUGGAACGAGCUUUUAGAAAGAGGCACCUAUUUACCCCAGAAGAUGCCCGUAUCCUGUUCGGAGACGGCGUCAACAUUGAUGACGUGUUCUACAUGCUGGACGUGGACGGCGACGGACAGAUCACGUACAGAGAGUUGGUGAACUACCUGGAGACGAAGGGUGUCCAUCUGUUCUCUAAGUACCUGGGGUACCAGCGGCGUAACAUCGAGAACGUCGGUGACUUCCUCUUCCAGCUCCAGGCCGCUCAGAUGAUGAUCUCAAAACGUCUUUACGUUGAGAAACGGGACGCUGACAGAACUAUUGGCGUCGACACAGACUACGUAGACACAGCGGAUUUCGAUCUCGAAGCUGAGGACAAACUUUUUCUUAUCGAGCAAGGCAGGCGGGGCGCUCGGGCGUUCCUGCGGGAGUUUGUGCGGAACAACAACAUGCGUCCCCGCGACUCCCAGCGCCGGUCCUUCCUGAGACAGACGUACGGGAGACAGAACUCCGCCGCGGGCGGCAAACCUCCCUCCCGACCCGGGUCUAGGCGAGGCAGCUUCGACUUCGGCAACUGAGUUUCCUCGGUAACAGGCCGUUUCGCCACAUUGUCAGUUCGCUACCGUCGUUUCGCUACAUAACAGAAGCCGUUUCGCUACAUGUACUGUAUAGUAGAAGUAGUUUCGUCAUGUGACAGAAGUUGUUUCGCUAACUACUUGUCAGAAGUCGUUUUGCUAUAUCUGAACGUUAUUUCUCUAUAUAGACCAGUAUCAUUGGAAAUAGUUUAUUUUACACUGACUUCUAUGUAGACUUCUAUGAAACCGCACACCCGCACACAAGAAGAAAACAAAGCGAACUCGUGUUUACAAAGUUCAGCUUCAGCGAAUAUGUGUGAUGAUGUUUUUUUCUUUAUUGUCUUGUAUACAAUUAUUUGGUCCAUAUACAUGUAGCUGUAUCCGUUUUACAGUGCCUUGCUUAAAUGUCUUAGACCGUAUCUGAUUUAAUCGCUGUUGUUCCAUUACAUUUUGGUUACAUACAAUGAAACAAGUGUGCAAUGUAUAGACUUAUGUAGAAUUGAUAAUUUUGAAUAGUGUGAUCAUUUACAUGUUUUUGUGUUUUCUAAUCUAUACUGUAGUGCUAACCUUAUAUUACUAAAUAUACAUUGUGUACAUUUCGUCACAUGUUUGCAUGUCAUUGAUUUCAUUGUUGUUGUCAAUUUUUGUGUUUGUCAGAAUUACCAUAAAGCAUACCAAAAUGCUGCUUCAAUAUAUGCAUUAAGGUAAUAUUGUUUAUGUAUGUAAGUUUUUUUUUUGCAUUUUGGUGAUGAACCAAGAAAGUUGCACUGGGAUGUAUAUGUGUGAUUUAUAAAAUGAUGAUGGCAUUGCAGAUGGAAUAAAUACCAUUCAUUUGCUUACAAAACACAAGUCGUAUUACUUACAUGUUCAAGCCUUUAUGGCUGCCAGUUUGGAAAAUAUUGGAAGUAAAAUUAUCA